GUAGUGGUGAGUGGUGGUGGUGAGUAUUGGUGAGUGGUGGUGGUGAGUAUUGGUGAGUGGUGGUGAGUGCCGUGCCUGGAGCUGUCAACUCUUCGUCUGUCUACGAACCCGGCGGCCCGGUUCCCACGACGUCUCCCCCCUAGGUCUACUCAGACUCAAACGAGUGGAGCUGUGAUCACUAUCUGGGCUGCCUGCUGUGGUUACUUCCCAUGUCCGCAUUUUCCCAAAAUUCCAUUAUCCUGGAAUUCUACAUCGUCCAUUGUCCCACAUUUCAUUUCAACAGCAUCCCAAGGUCUCUCACAUCCCGUUAUCCCACAAUCCCAUUAUCCCAUAAUCCCAUUAUUUCCACAUUCCCAUUUUAUCUGAAUUAAUUAUCCCGGAAUACGGGUAUCACACAUUCCUAUUGUCUGGAAUCCCCAUUAUCCUUGAAUCCCAUUCUCCUGAAUUCCCAUUAUCCUACAAUUCAAAUAUCCCACAUUCCCAUUAACCUGGAAUCCGAUUCAUCCCAAAUUCCCAUUAACCCUCAAGGGCUCCUGCUCAUCCCAUAUUUCCCGCGACCCCAGAACCAGUCCCCAUCCCGGCGUUCCCCCUUGACCGUUCCCCCUACGCGGUCGCGAUCCCAUCCCGGCGUUCCCCGCCCUUCUCCCGCCUCCCGCCAUGGAACGCUCUCCGCUGCUCGGCGGCGAAGACGCGCCGAGCGUGGAGUCUCGGACGACCGCGGCAGCAGUGGGGGGCGCGGUGGCGGCGGCGGCGGCGGUGGCGGCGGCGGACGAUGCUGCCGUGGCGGUGGACGACGCUGGGACGCCGUGGGAGGAGAUGCCGUGGGAUGGCCGCGGGGAGGCCCAGCGUCGCCGCAGCAGCUCCUCCGACAGUGGGACACCGGCGACGGCCAACGAGGAGCUGUACAUCCAGCAGGCCGUCGUGUUCAUCGAAGACGCCAUUAAGUACCGCUCCAUCUACCACCGCAUGGACGUGAUCUCGCUGCGUCUCUACCGCUUUUACUACUCGGUGCCCUUCCAGUGCUUCCUGACCAUCACCAUCCUGCUGCUGCUGGCCCUCGCCUUUGUGGAGCGCCCUUCCUCCCUGACGCGCUCGGCCGACGUGCGGUGGAGCGGCGGUGCCGGCGGAGGCGGUGGAGGCGGUGGAGGCCGGCGGCCCGACCCGCCGUGCGGUGUCACUGAGUCGGUGGAGCUCACCGCGCUGCUUGUCCUGGCCAUGGACGUGUCCAUCAAGGCCCACCUGCUGGGCUGGACGGAGUUCUGGAAGUCCAAGUGGUUGGUGGCCUACGUGCUGGUGCUGGCUCUCUCCCUGCUCGACUGGACGGCGUCCAUCGCCACCACCUGCGUCUACGCGCUGCGAGUUCGCCGCGCAUUCCGCCCGUUCUUCCUGCUGCAAAACUCGUCGCUCAUGAAGAAGACGCUCAAGUGCAUCCGGCGAACCCUGCCGCAGAUAGCCAGUGUGAUGCUGCUACUGGCAUUGCACUUGUACUUCUUCACUGUGCUGGGUAUGCUGCUGUUCCAGAGGGGCAAGGUGGAGGUCGCUAACUCCGAGUGGGAUCUUUACUUUGAGACGUUCACUCAGUCACUCACCUCGCUGCUCGUGCUGCUCACCACGGCCAACAACCCCGACGUGAUGAUCCCCGCCUACUCCGCGAACCGCCUCUACGCCGUCUUCUUCCUGGCCUUCAGCGUCAUCGGCACGUAUUUUCUCAUGAAUCUCCUGACUGCGAUCAUUUACAAUCAGUUCCGCGGAUACCUGGUGAACUCGAUCCGCACGAUGCUGCUGAGGAGGAGGGUCGGGGUUCGAGCCGCGUUCGAGAUCCUCAGCGCCCACGAGCUGCAGCGCAACCCCACGGACGCACACGAGGAGAGCGUGACGGGGGCGCUGGUGAUGCGAGUUCUGCGCACGAUCAGCGUCGACUCUGCACACCGCAAGGCGAUGAUCCAGCAUCUGAGUGGCGUGGGCGACGGCUCCAUUUCCUCUGAGACGUUCCAGAAAAUCUUCGAGGAGAUGGACAAAGACACCGUGAAGGAGGUCCCCAGUGCCCCUCAGUACGAUCAUCGCCUCCUCGUGCUCCUGCAGAGAGUUUGUCGUCACCGCUACUUUGACUACGUGGGCAACGUCUUCGCGCUCGCCAACGUGCUGUGCAUCACCGUCAGUGACACACACACAGUGUGACACACACAGUGUGACACACACACACACUGACACACACACAGUGACACACACA